UUUGUAAUAACACAGAAAGACACAACUCUGUUCAGCAAAGAAGCAUGAAGUUUGAAGAUCUUCUUACUGACAUCAAUGGCUUUGGCAGGUUCCAGGCAAUGAUUAUUUGCAUUGGCUUUGUUGGGAGAUUUACUCUUCCAUGUCACUUCCUGCUAACCAACUUUAUCGCUGCCAUCCCAUCUCAUCACUGUGACAUCAGCCACUUGGAUGCUGAUGGGAUAUUUGGGAAUCUGACUUGGGAGGAGAGACUGACUGUCAGUAUUCCAGCACAGGAAGAUGGCACUCUUGCUUCGUGUCUCAUGUUUUCUUAUCCUCAGUUUCACCUGCUGUCAAACUCAUCCAGCACAACAGAUCUUCCUGUAGUUCAGUGUCAGAAUGGAUGGGAGUAUGAUAACAGUACAUUCAGCAGCACUCUGGCCACAGAGUGGAAUCUGGUGUGUGAUAAUAGAGGGCUGAAUAAAGCAGUUGCCACCAUCUUUUUUGUUGGAGUGAUGUUUGGAGCCGUUUUCUUUGGAGGCCUAAGUGACAGAUAUGGGCGUAAGCCAAUGUUGCUGGUGUCGUAUGUAUUAGGAAUGGUUUUUGCAGUGGCCAGCGUUUUUUCAUCUUCCUUCAUCAUGUUUGCAGUGCUGAGAUUCUUCACUGGAUUUACCAUCACUGGCAUCAUCAUCAUCUCAUCUGUACUCAAUGUGGAGUGGGUUGACAUUAAGCACAGAAGAUUGGUGUGUGUAAUUGACAGUAUAGCAUGGGCUUGUGGAAGCACCUCUUUAUCUCUAUUUGGAUUCUGUGUGAGAGACUGGAGAUGGUUGACAGUGGCUGUCACUUCACCUUUACUUCUGUGCACAAUCCUCUGGUGGUGGUUGCCAGAGUCAGCUCGAUGGCUGAUAGUCAAUGGAAAGACACAAAAAGCUCAUUAUUAUCUUCAUAGAUGUGCCGUUAUGAACCGUAGGGAGAAAGUUAUCUCAAGAAUCCAACCUGAGACACUCUCAAGCAUGCUAACUACAGACACAGAAAAAAGAAACCAUUCUUACCUGGAUCUCAUCAGAACCCCUAAAAUGAGGAAACUAGCUUUGCUUACAGGGACCAUAUGGUUUUGCGUUGCCACUACCACCUAUGGAAUAAGCCUUAACAUCACAGGCUUUGGUCUGAACAUGUACCUGACUCAUUUUGUUUAUGGAGUUAUUGAGAUUCCUGCUAAACUUAGCAUCUAUUAUCUGCUUGAAAAAAUUGGCAGACGCAAAACAGAAGCUGGAGCUCUGCUAUUGGUUGGAAUCAGUCUCAUGAUUAACAUAUUCAUACCCAAAGAUCAAUGGGUUGGUCGUACUGUGGUAGCUGUACUAGGAAAAGGUUUUGCUGUUGCUUCUUUUGCAACAAUCAUAUUAUACAGCUCUGAGCUUUACCCCACUGUUCUCAGGCAAAAUGGGAUGGGCUAUAACUCUCUCCUGGGUCGUCUAGGUGUGGCUUUGUCUCCUCUAGUCCUGCUAUUGGACAGUAUUUGGGGGUAUCUCCCUCAGAUCACCCUCUGCUCUGUGGCACUCUUUGGUAGUCUGGUGGCUUGGCAGUUACCUGAGACACGAGGCAGGUGUCUACCUGAGACCAUAGAGGACAUUGAGGGUACUGGGAAGAAGCUCAUCGAAGAUUAUGAAAAGCAGGAGGAAGCUAAACAAAUGAAAAAUGACAGUGACACCCCAGUGAUAGCUUGAUAGAUUGUAUUUUAUGUUUUAUCAAAUAAUUAUUAUGCACCAAUAUUUUUUUAGUGUAACUAUCAAGUUCAACUUAUGUGCACAAUGAACAACAACUCCAGAGCUCUUUUAAAAUAUCUUUAUUAGUUACAAAAGUAGAGGAUUACAACUUUGUCAAGUAAUAAUUACAAACAUUUUCUAAAUAAGACACUAGAUGGAGAUGUGUGAAUAAAUAUAUAGAAACUGUGAGUCUAUGUAUUUAUGAAAGGGGAUAAAGAGAGUGUUUAUGCGUGUAUGUAUAUGUACAUACUGUAUACAUAGAGUGAGGACUGUUGUGCAUUGUAUGACUAUUUUCUUAAAUAGCAACAACCAUCUGAUUUGUGCAAUAAAAUAACCUUUUACUGACUACGAUGAUGUAACAAAAAUCAGUACCAAAUAAAAUAAAAUUUUCACUUAA